AUGUCUACUGUUCAAAAUCGUCUUUGGAUUUCAUUUGCUGUUGCAUGGACAGCUUAUGGAUUAACUUAUUUCUUACGCAAACCAUUAGGAGUAAUUAAAACUGAUCUUGAGAAUGAAUAUAAAUAUUCAAAAUUUCAAUUGGGUCUUUUUGAUACAGCACUCUUAUUACCUUAUGCUCUCAUUCAAACUUUUUUCGGUUCAUUAGGUGAUCGAUAUGGUGCUCGACGUACAUUUGGCUAUGGUCUUAUUGGUUCUGGAAUAGCAAUGAUUACAUUUGGAUCAUGGGAUAGUUAUGGAAUUUUUCUUUUCUUACUUUUUCUCAAUGGUGCAUUUCAAUCAUUAUGCUGGGCAGCAGCUAAUAAAGGUCUUGGUGCUUGGGUAACUGAUACUCAACGUAAUUUUAUCUUUGGUCUCUUUGGUACAUGUCCAUUUGUUGGUGGUAUAAUUGCUACUGCACUUGCUGUUUAUAUUCAAGGAAAAGAUGGUUGGCGUUUUGUUCAUUUUCAACCAUCAAUUUAUUGUAUCAUUGCUGGAUUGGUAGUUCUUUUUCUUUUUCAAGAACCAUCUGAAUUAAAAAUGGUUGUUGCAGGAAAAGAAUCAGUAGCAAAAACUUCUGAUUUACGUUCGAGAAUGACAAUUAUGGAAGUAUGUCGUUUGCCAAUGGUAAAAGAAAUAGCUGCAACUGUAUUUUGUUUGAAAGUUGUUCGAUAUGCUAUUUAUUUAUGGCUUCCUUUAUAUUUAAAACAAGAACUUAAUUAUUCAAAAUCUGAUGCUGGUCUCUUUUCAACAAUGUUUGAUGUUGGUGGAGUUGUUGGAAGUGCUACAAUUGGAUUAGUUCUUAAACGAUUUUUCAAUAAUGAAGGAUGUCUUGGUGCAGCUGCUGAAACAUUAUUUAGUGCUGGUACUCUUCUUUUCUUUUUAACAUUUGCUAAAGCAGGCAUAACUAUUAAUUCAAUAUUAAUGUUGAUUACUGGAGCACUCAAUUGUGGUGCUGAUAUUAUUCUUUGUAGUUCAAUACCAAUUGAAAUUGGUGAAAUGGAUGGUCGGAAUGCUGGUAGUGCAGUUAUUGGUUUUGUCAACGGUAUGUGUAUUAUUCAAUUUCAUUCUUGA